AGAGGGCGUGGCUUCCACUCCGUGGACGUCACAUGACAGGAAGUAGUCUAGAAGAAGCGGAAGUAGCAUGUGCCGGAGGAGGCGGGGGUAACCCAAACUUGGAGAAAAGGCUCGGGGAGUCGGGGGCACCUAGCUGCCAAAAUGAAGGUGAAGAUGCUGAGCCGGAACCCGGACAACUAUGUCCGCGAAACCAAGCUGGAUUUACAAAGAGUUCCAAGAAACUAUGAUCCUACCUUACAUCCUUUCGAGGUCCCGCGAGAAUAUGUAAGAGCUUUAAAUGCUACCAAAUUGGAACGGGUAUUUGCAAAACCAUUCCUUGCUUCUCUGGAUGGUCACCGAGAUGGAGUCAAUUGCUUGGCAAAGCACCCAAAGAGCCUGGCUACUGUCCUUUCUGGGGCAUGUGAUGGAGAGGUUAGAAUUUGGAACUUGACUAAACGAAAAUGUAUCCGUACGAUACAAGCACAUGAGGGUUUUGUACGAGGAAUAUGUACUCGCUUCUGUGGGACUUCUUUCUUUACUGUUGGUGAUGACAAAACUGUGAAGCAGUGGAAAAUGGAUGGACCAGGCUAUGGAGAAGAAGAGGAACCAUUGCAUACAAUAUUAGGAAAGACAGUGUAUACAGGGAUUGAUCAUCACUGGAAAGAACCUGUUUUUGCCACAUGUGGACAGCAAGUGGACAUUUGGGAUGAACAAAGAACAAGUCCUAUAUGUUCAAUGACCUGGGGAUUCGACAGUAUAAGUAGUGUUAAAUUUAACCCAAUUGAGACAUUUCUCUUGGGAAGUUGUGCUUCUGACAGGAAUAUAGUACUAUAUGACAUGCGGCAAGCUACUCCCCUGAAAAAGGUCAUCUUAGAUAUGAGAACAAACACAAUUUGUUGGAACCCUAUGGAAGCUUUCAUUUUUACUGAGGCAAAUGAGGAUUACAACUUAUAUACUUUCGAUAUGCGUGCACUGGACACUCCUGUAAUGGUCCAUAUGGAUCAUGUAUCUGCGGUGCUCGAUGUGGAUUAUUCUCCCACUGGGAAGGAGUUUGUGUCUGCUAGUUUUGAUAAAUCUGUUCGAAUUUUUCCUUUGGACAAGAGUAGAAGCAGGGAAGUCUAUCACACGAAGAGAAUGCAACAUGUUAUCUGUGUAAAAUGGACUUCUGACAGCAAAUAUAUUAUGUGUGGAUCUGAUGAAAUGAACAUUCGUCUGUGGAAAGCUAAUGCUUCUGAAAAGUUGGGUGUGCUUACAUCACGAGAAAAAGCAGCUAAAGAUUAUAACCAAAAAUUGAAAGAGAAAUUUCAGCAUCAUCCUCAUAUAAAACGCAUUGCUCGUCACCGACAUCUACCAAAAUCCAUCUACAGCCAGAUUCAGGAACAGCGCAUCAUGAAAGAAGCUCGUCGACGAAAGGAAGUGAAUCGUCUCAAACAUAGCAAGCCCGGAUCUGUAUCGAUUGUGUCGGAGAAGAAGAAACACGUAGUGGCUGUUGUGAAAUAAUAUUUGGUAUUCUUACCAAUCCUGAUACAUGAUGAUUUGUUACACUUUGAUUUGCAAACUCUGUAAAUAAAAAUACUGGCUCUAGAAUAAUAACAAA